GCAUAAAUACCUUCUGCAACCGAACCGACCUCAGCCGUCGGCGGGAUUCUGCACGGAGGUGGGGCGCGACGACGACUGCUCACAGCGCCUUCCUUCAGCCUGGUUUCUGUAGUUCUUGAGCAAAGAGAAUGGCUUUGAAGGCGGUGAUAGUGAUCAGCUGUAUCCUGGGGAUCGGGGCCCUUCCCCUGGAAGACCCAGAGGAUGGAGGCAAGCAUUGGGUUGUCAUUGUUGCUGGUUCAAAUGGCUGGUAUAACUACAGGCACCAGGCUGAUGCAUGUCAUGCUUACCAGAUUGUACACCGGAAUGGCAUUCCAGAUGAACAGAUAGUUGUUAUGAUGUACGAUGACAUUGCCUAUGACGAAGAGAAUCCUACCCCAGGUAUCAUAAUCAAUCGACCCAAUGGCACAGAUGUGUACAAAGGAGUAUUAAAGGACUAUGUAAAAGAGGAUGUUACACCUGAGAACUUCCUUGCUGUGCUGAGAGGGGAUGCUGAAGCAGUAAAGAAUAAAGGAUCAGGGAAGGUACUAAAAAGUGGUCCCAAGGAUCACGUAUUUGUCUACUUCACUGAUCAUGGUGCCCCUGGGCUUCUGGCUUUUCCAUCAGAUGAUCUCAACGUGCAAGACUUAAAAAAGACCAUCCAGUAUAUGUACCAUCACAAAAAGUACCAGAAGCUGGUGUUUUACAUUGAGGCAUGUGAAUCUGGAUCAAUGAUGGAACACCUACCAGAUAACAUAAACGCUUACGCCACGACCGCUGCCAAUUCCGACGAGUCAUCAUAUGCCUGUUACUUUGAUGACAAGAGACAAACUUACCUUGGAGACUUGUACAGUGUCAGUUGGAUGGAAGAUUCUGAUGCAGAGGAUCUGAAAAAAGAAACGCUCCACAAGCAGUUUGUCUUGGUAAAGAAACAUACCAACACCAGCCAUGUGAUGCAGUAUGGAAACUUAUCCAUCGCUCAUAUGAAAGUGGUCCAGUUCCAGGGCACAAGUAAAGCUUCUAGUGCCCCCAUUUCAUUGCCUCCAGUCAGUCACUACGACCUCACUCCCAGCCCCGACGUGCCCCUUGCAAUCAUGAAGCGCAAAUUGAUGGCCACUAACGAUGUCUAUGAGGCAAAGGCAAUCUUGGGAGAGAUGAAGAGACAUCUGGAGGCGAAAGAGCUAAUCCAGAAGUCUAUGCGCAAGAUUAUCUACUUCAUAACAAACUCAGAUGAGCGUACUGAGCACAUCUUAUCAAACCGGUUGAUGCUCAGGAAUUAUGAUUGCUAUGAAUCGGCACUAGAGCACUUCAAAGCCCGCUGCUUCAACUGGCACGCUCCUUUGUAUGAAUAUGCUCUGAGACAGCUGUAUGCCUUGGUCAAUGUCUGUGAAUCGGGAUAUCACAUUGACAGGUAA